UGGUGUAGAGUAAAAUAUGCGCGGUGUCGGCCAUCGGUGGGACUUUUCGAGCCCUCUUGAGUUUGGGAGUAGUAGGUGACAAGUACUCUGGUGGAGCAGUGCCUACAAGAUAUCCCCAGCUAGCCAUGACAGGCGCGAAGAGCUCGGCCUGAAAAUCUGGCUGUAAAAAGUGCAGUCCCAUUUCUGCUGUGAUCAGACUUGUGUUGGUGUGAAUAUUGUACGGCUGCUGAGUUUGUUGAGGGAAAGAGUUUCACUCUUCCGCUUUUCUCUGUUUGCUGGCUCCGCGGAGUCCCUGGAUGGCAACAGGAGAGAAACAACAGGUCAAAUCUUCUUUGAGAGACGACGUAGAAGUUGCCGUGAUAGGCAAUGGACCAUCAGCGAUCGCUCUAUCUUUCUUGCUGACUGGAUAUCGGCCGUAUUGGAAUGGGCAGGUUCACCCUAACGAAUACCUGGCUCCCAAACUCGCGGCGUGUGAGGAACAGUCGAUUCUCGAUCAGGACUUGGAGUUCCUCAGCGAAGGCCUAUCACUAUCAGGCCGGUGCAAUAACCCAGUCUCAUUGCUCUAUGACCAGCUACUGCUGCCCGACGCUGACCUAGGUUGCCAGGCACCACCCGUAGUCAAGUGGCGACACCAUCCCGAGCUUGCCAUCGACCAUGUGGUGCUGGGACGGGGAUGUGUUGGCGGUAGCUGGGCCAACAUGCCAGCUGACCUGCAGUCGCUCAGCUACGCACGCUGGCUGCAGCUGCCCGACAUGUCCAUCACCGACUUCAUCCAGCAAAUGUCCAAGAGCGAAACGUCCGCCAUAGAGCGUGGCCGCUGUGGUGUGGUGGCCCACUACUAUCAGCAGUACGUACGCCGUAAGAACCUUCACACACACUUUUUCUGCAGCGCAGAGGUGACUCAGAUACGGCGCUUGGAUCACCUUGGUGACCAGGACUCCAUUGACGGUUCGCCAUUCCUGUCCGUCUUUCCCCAGAACAGCUGUUGUGUGUCGCUGCCAUCAUGUUCCCCUUCUCCGCUAGGCCAGCAGCUCAGCGACCCAUUCAGCAGUGCCUGUAUUACACCGACUACGGCAGCGGAGUCACGCCUCUGUACCAUGAGUGUGUCUCCCUCUCCAGCAUCAUCAGUACCAAUCACAACCACCGCCGCUGCUAGCCACUGUGGCUGCAUGUCGACCAGUAGCUCCGAAAGCCUCAGCAGCCAAUACAGUGCCACCAGCAUCGGUGACGAUGUUCUUGUACCGUGUAUUCCUCACUCUAAUACCAGUAGUCCUGCUUCAUCUUCGUCCUCUGCUUCAUCCAUCACCGACGGGUAUGAAGAGAAAGACUCUGGCGUCGACACUCAGACCAUGCCGGUGGAGGCCAGCUCAGCCAAGUACAAUUGGUCUGUGUGCGGAUGUCACAGUCGUAAACCGUUCCACUUCAACGCCAAACAGGUGGUGGUCGCCGUGGGCACGUCCGACGAACCACGUCGUCUCAACGUGCCCGGCGAGGGAAUGGACUUGCUGUCGUAUGGCUGCCCAACACCGGGAAGGCUACGCUCCAUCGCUGGUCGUGUGAGUUGUGCUAGACCACUGGUGGUGGUGGGCUGUGGUCUAACAGCCGCUGACACCGUAUUGCUAGCCCUGCAGCAUAACCUGCCUGUCGUGCACGUGUUUGGACGACCACCGUCCGACACAUCCCUGGUGGUCAAUCGCAUGCCGGCGUUUGUCUACCCGGAGUACAGCCGCAUCAGCAAGCUGAUGCAGACGCGGGUGGGCUUCACCGACAAGCCGCUGGUGUUCGACUCCGCCGAGCCGUACAUCUCUCUUCCGUGUCAUCACAUAGUCAGUGUAUCUCCAGAGUCGUGCACACUGCAGGACAGCGAGCAGAGAGACGUCAUUCUACCAUGCUCUUACAUCUUCGUCGCUGCUGGCAGCCGCCCCAAUCUCAGCUUCCUUCCACAGAGUGGUCAGAAUCUGGCUUUUGAACCGUCAGCGGACUUUGACAGUCGUGCUAACCCGGUGGAUGUGGAUAUGGGGACAUUUGAGAGCACGCGCAUGCCUGACCUCUACGCAAUGGGACCACUCGUUGGUGAUAACUUCGUCCGGUUUGCCAUCGGUGCUUCGCUGGGCAUCACCAAGAGCCUCGUGUCCAAGCUGCGUAGGUCCUGACGACGUCCUACUCUCCCUGUCCAACAUCUUGUGUCCACAACGCUGCGGCAUUCUCUUGUCCCGCGUCCACUCUCCCUGCUGCUUUUGUUUUAAUUCUCGCUGUUCCCUGGAGGAAAGUGAGGUAGUUUGUCUGUAUUUGUGCUUGCUGUUAAUCUUGUCCGUGCGUCUGGAGGUCUCCACCGAAUUUUGUUGUUGCCUGCGUUGCUGGAUAGCUAGCGUAACGCACCUUGUAAUCGUCGUCUUGAUCUGACAGUGCCGAUCUGGCACACUGCGUAGAAUAGGCCCAGCAGAGCUGUGGUGUCGUGGUGUUGUCACCGUACUUGUCCCCCAUCACUAUGAAUAACUCUACUCCUAAGCCGGCACUAGAAAUUUAGAGUUCAUAUUUUUACCCAUUUUCUUACAACCUCACUAUUUUCUUCACUGACUUCAGCCCAGUCUUCCUCGUCGUUCCUCCUAGAGAUUUCAGAUUCGACUAUACUUUUUCCGACCUAUAUUUUAAUGCUAUGCUUAGCAGUAGAGCUGCGCGCCAGAAGUGCAGUUCGCGUACUAUAGAGUGUUUGCAUUGUUUUUUUUAGCACUACAGAAGAAACGUGUGAAGUGACACGUGUUCCAGAGA